GGUGCAUGCUACGGGCAUAUUAACUUUUUACACUUGAUGAGCUCACGAUGGUAAAACCAACACAAGAACAGCAAAAAUCGCCUAGCAAUGGCAGAAAGCAAGAAAAGCAGAGCAAGUCAUUCAGUCCUUUAAUGAAAGGAAUGGUCAAUCCACCAGACACUAUACAAUGCUGUGUUAGAGUCAGAUUGCAGGAACUCGACUCGACACCUGUGGGAUCAAACGACGGAAAUCAGCAUUACUUGGCUGUUGUCACUCGAAACGAUGAAGCUUGCGUUUUGGUGCUCGAGGAGCAGCCCAACAAUAUGCCUCCUAUUGUACACAAGAUACUUCCUGUAUAUGACGGUUUUCAAUAUAGCAUUGCUCAGACAACACCAAAAAACAAGAAAUUACAGCCUGAUAUCCUUGUGACACUUUCGGUAAAAGCAAAGAACCGAGAGCCAACGUCGGUGGCCGUCAUUUUUCCCGAGGAGACUGAAAUGGUUGACAUGCUGGAAGAGCUCCGCACAUUGAUUGAAGUUGCUCACAAGAACAACUAUAAUGUGGAAUCCAAUUCUCACAAAUGGACAAGUGCUUAUCGUAAAUAUGGCUUAGCUAAAAGGGUUGCUCGGGCAGUUACUAUGCCAACCAAGAAUGAAAGCGCUCUACCGUACGUUUUGCCCGCCCAACGCACAGAUUCCGCAAAAUUCGUAAAUUUGCGACGUGCUGGAACUCGUGCAGCUUCCAAAGCAGUCAUUAACAAUAACAACAUCCCAGCCAUAACUGCCAAGCAACAUUGGAUUCACGCCAGAUUAAUGGGUCGUGAGGAAGAAUUUGUCAAAUGGGAUAAUGCAAAGUGAGAGGAACAAAGAAAAUUAUGCAGCGAAACUCUAUGUCACACAGACACAUCUACAAGGAAAUAGUGUUACUCACUCUAUGUACGGGAUCCGUAUACAUCUUAGGAUUUUUGCAGGUACAUGGAACGUUCAUGGAAAUUUACCAACGGAAUCUUUGACCAAGUGGAUUGUCGAACAAUCGAAAACAGAAGAUGACAAGCCAUUUGAUCCUGAUUUCUAUGUUAUUGCUUUGCAAGAGAUGGAGACCAACA